CGACAAAUACCACAGGGAUGAGGAGCAGUACCAGGACCAAGUCUCAGACCUCAUUUUAUUUGUCAUUAUGCCUGAUUUGGAUACCAGGAAUUCUUACAAACCUACUUGCUCUUUUCUUUAUCAUCCGUGAUAUAAAGAAAGCGGUAUUUCCCGCUAUUAUCUUAUUGCUCGUGCUUUGCACGUGCGACUUUAUCGCUGUUUGCUUUUCGAUCACGCGCCACAUGGUAAUCAGAUAUGUCACGGAUGUGAAUUAUCCAAUGUGUGCCUCCCUGGCUACAUUCCACUCACAUUUCAAACUGUUCUCAGGUGUUAUGAAUGUACUUAUGGCGGUUGAUCGCGUGCUGGCGAUAUGCUUUGCGUUCUAUUAUAAACAACACGUGAGUGUCAAAACGUGGAAAUUAGCCUGUCUUCUUGCUACAGUCUCUGUAGCGGCACUGAAUCUAUUGCCAUUAAUUGGACUUGGAAGUUAUACCGGCACGAGAAAGAGUACGGGGAAAAUGUACUGCACAUCACUCAGUUUUAAGGCACCGCCGAUAGAGAGGGUGUACGGGAUGGCGUAUGGAUUCGCGGGAAUAAUAUGCGUGAUCAUGAUUGUAUGCCUGAAUGCGGUUGUGAUACGGUCUGUUUUGAAGCUCUCCUCACGGGUUGUUAGCUAUGUACCAUCAGAGUCUGCCACCAGUUCAACAGGGGACACCAACUCAUCGAAAGUAAACCAAGCCUCAGUGGAAGUUGCUUUUGCUAAAUUGAUGCUUGCACUAGCGACUGUCUACCUGGUCUGCGAAACUCCUUACAACGUUUUGAUUUUACUGCAGCAGUUUAGGGUACCAGUCGACGUAAAAAUUACAAGCUAUGUUCAUCUCAUCUCAGGAUUCAGCUACACUGUAGAUCCGGUUGUUUAUAUCCUCAUUCGUAAAACCAACCGGAAACGUAUCGUCGAUUUCCUCUGUCGCAGAAAGGAUUCAUGAGUUAUCUUCUCUUUAAUUAUACUGACGUCAUAUUGACGGCAAUUAUUUGUA